CUUGGUUCUGAAGGAGUUGAAAAGCGUGUUUAAGGUUUAAGCUAAAACUUGAGCUUUUAAAAUUCAAUUUUAAAACUAAGGUAUUACCGUUCGAUUUAUGAAAACAGAUGGUCUUGAUGUGUCCUGAAACAUUCGACUUGCCGUAUAUAACACGCAAAUGGCAUGACUGUCAAUUGCCAAAAGUAAAGUCUUUAAAUAUUUUGAACGAAUGUAUGGACUUCACGCCUGAUUCUCUUUAUAUGGAAUUAGACAUUCGUGAUGUUUGGACAUUGCAUUCAUAUUUACUAAAUAAUUUCGCAAGCACGUUAGCUAUUUCUAAAGUUAAAAAUUACUGGAAAAUUAAAUUUUCAAGUUCUUCUGUUAUGUUGGCGUUUAUGAAUUGGAUUGCCGUUAAUUCCGCAAUUUUUCUUUCACAAAUCCCUGUAGCAGAAAAACCAACAAGCGUGGAUUGCCAUGUUUCCCUAGAUAAGACUGUAAAAGAAAGCUUUACAGUCUUUUUUGCGAAUACCAUGGCCCUAGGAAAUAUCAUAGAAGGAAGCUUUGAUAAAGAAACAAAGACUCAUUAUAAAUUCCGAGAAAUCGUAUCUCACGAAAGCCUAAGCUGUUUUUUCCUUCCAAACAAUCAACAUGACGCAGUCUCGUUUUCUAGUAUUUCUAUGCAAGUAGAUAUUACUAAAAAUAUCAUUUGCAUUUACAUUCGUCUUUUGAGACAAACUUAUCCUACGUGGUUUAAGAUUGUUAUACCAUUUCACUUUUUAGUACCCGGAAAUAUCCCAAUGCAAGAGACUCCACUUGAAAAAACACCUGGUUUUUUCAAUGUAACUCUAUGUCUACGUCUUUUAUGCGCUCCCCUUGUUUAUCGUCAACCGUACCUUGACAAGAGGGAAAUUCUUGAUUCUCCUAACAAAACGCCUGACUUAUCUCUUCAAUGGGUUCGCGAUUAUAAUCCUAUUACAGAAAUGUAUUGUACUGCCCAAACGAAUUUAACUGCCCAAGACCACCCUUUAAGUGCACUUCAACAGUCUUGGUGUAUUUGUUUAACAAGAGGCUGCGUACCAAGUUGUACACUUGCAAGGUUUAAAAAAUAUUUGUAUCGAGCUUCUUUAUUACAUAAAUCAUCUAAUAUUGGUAUAACACUACUACCGUCAUACUCUGGCUUACAUGAACAACAGUUUCAAAGAUAUAUGAAGAAGCUUAAACGUUACCGACCACAAUACAUUGUUCUGUUACUUAUCGCUCUCAUGUCACGUGGUGCUAUUCCUGAUCCACUUUGUUUACGUUUAGAUCCUCAAUUAGCGUCCCUUUGCGAACCAGAGGCGUAUAGUGACACUCUGAUUUUUGAUACUCUCAAUGUAGCUUUUUUAAAAUUUCAACAUAGUUCUUUUAACUGUACUUUUUCCGGUCUAUAUCAUCGAUGUUUAAAAUAUUGUAGUUCAUUACAAUCGUCCGGCCAUGCAAAAAUUGCUAUACCGAAAAACCUUCAAUUUUCCAUCACAAUAACUCCAUUCAAAAUUUAUUUAAUUCCUGAGUAUGAGUGGCUCGAAAAUCGCGUACUACGGACAUUUAACAAAAAAGAACUCGAUUUUUUUCGAGUUAAUUUCCGAGAUGAAGGUUGUAUUGCAACAGAAUCUUCCGAUAAUUCUGACCAUUUGAUUUUACGAAUAAAACAUAUUAUGGAUAACGGAAUCAUUCUUUAUUCUUGGAAGCUUCUGUUUUUUGGAUAUUCUCAGAGUCAAUUAAAAUCGUCAGGAUGUUGGUUUGUGCAUAAAAAAAAACAAAAUAUUAAUAUCGAGUCAGUACUUGAAUCGUUUGGUAAUUUUUCUACGUGUCUCCAAACAGGCAAAAUGAUGGCCCACUUGGGUUUAUUAUUUUCAUCUGCCAUAUCCUUUGUUGGGCUAGAAGAAAAUCAGUUUAUUCUUAUAGAUGAUAUAGAAUCUCUUCGUAAUCCUUCCAAUCCUUCAUUAGGUUCCUAUAAUUUCACUGAUGGAGUUGGUUUUUGUUCCCGUAAAUUUCUUGAGCAGGUUCAAAUUAAGAAUUCAUUAAACUUUCUUCCUUCAGCUAUUCAAAUUCGGUAUAAAGGUUUUAAAGGUAUGUUAUGUUAUUAUCCGGAGUGGUUUCGAAACAAAUGGACACAAUCAACAUCACAUAAUGCAAAAACAUUAUCUGUGGUUUUUCGAAUGUCCAUGCGCAAAUUUAUCUCAAAAAAUACAACUCUCGAUAUUUUAGCUUAUUCGAGUUAUCGGCCGUCUCAUUUUAAUAAACAAAUAUUAUUAGCGUUGGAUAGCCUUGGUGUGAAUUGGAAUAUUUUUUUAGAUUUAUUAAACGAACAGUUAACUUUAAUGUCAGAUUCUAGAACGACUCCACAAAAAGCUAUUCAAUUUUUACAAUCCGCUUCGUGCAUAUCUGAUUCAAUAUAUUUAUUGCGAUGCUUAUUAAAUAAUAGAAUAUCAAUUCAGGAGCCUUUCAUUCAAUCUUGUUUAAAAUUGCUGAUUGAAAACGAAACACGAUUGGUUCUCGAAUCAAGUUGGAUUCAUUCUUCAUUUUGCUGUAAUUUAUUCGGAGUUGCCGAUGAAUCGAGAACUUUAAAGUACGAUCACGGAAAUGGGCUACCAGAAGUUUUCGUCAAAUUACGCAAACCGAUUUACACCACGAGUGUUCCAUUAGUCGACAUGGAAUAUGAAGAAGUCAUUCUCCAAGGCGUUGUACUUAUAGCUAAAGCUCCCAUUUUAUAUCCCGGAGAUUGUCAAUUAUGUUAUGCGGUCGACAAUGCCCACUUGAACUGUAUAGAAAAUGUUGUGGUUUUUCCAACAAACAUUCCAGAAGGAAGCGAUCCGUCAUGUCUUCAUAAAAGUCAUCCUGCACAUAUUCACCCUAACGAUCCCACAUAUAUUGAUAAUUCUGUUCUUAAGCGCCAGUACGGCUUUCGUGAUAUUCCAAGUAUGAUGUCAGGAUCUGAUUUGGAUGGAGAUCAAUAUUUUAUAUGUUGGGAACCUAGAAUUGUAUCACAUUUAUGGGAGCUUCAUUUAAAACAAAAAUCCAUUAAACCAGCUGGAUUUUAUACAGUACUACCUAACGAAGCUAAACCAAGUUUUGAUGCUUACUUAUCUUUACAUGAAAGGCUUAAAAAUCAUUACUUAUCUUCUUUACAAGAUCGUUCAUUAUGUUUGGUAGCUUCUUGCCAUAUACGCAAAUCGCAUGAUCCAGAAAUUUAUGCGGCGGGAAAAAGUUUGCAUUCAACUACCAUUCAAUUAGCAUACCUUCACAGUGAAGCUGUUGAUGCUGUGAAAACGGGCAAGUCUGUGGUAUUGAAAUCGUUUCAUUAUAACACCACAACACCACAUUUCCAUACUCAAUACAAACUAAGCGAUCGUAAUCCCGUCCACAAAUCCGUGUCUUUAUUAGGAAAAAUAUACGAUAAAGCAACACAAUGUUCAAAAUCCGUAUUUUUAAAAACGCAAUCAACAAAAAAAAAAAUCACUUUUCUGAGAUAUGAUAAGAUGGAUAACCCUAGUGAAGAAAAUGGGAACAUUGGUUUUUAUUGGUUACGUUUCGAAUGGAAAGUAAAAAGACUUUCUUCGAAUAACGUAUCUAUGAUUUCCAAUAUCUACGUUUACGAAUAUGAUGAACUUCCAUUUAGUAACAAGUCGAUGAAACUCCGGUUAUUUCACUGUCCUAUCUAUGUGAACUUGUUCGAUUUAUGUGUUUUGCACAAACCACAAAAAACACAAUAUAUUACGUUUGAUGUUCAAGUUGGAAGCGAAUCAUGUUCUUCUAGACAUAUUCGUAUUUCAAAUCCUGUUAUAACCCUUAAAAACGAAGAACAAGUUGUGUCUCAUUCAAAAGAUAAUUCAGAAGACACAUCGGAAUGCUACACAUGCCUGUAUUUAUACAAUUCUCCUUUUAAGUAUGGAACGGAUCUUUUAUCCUUUAUUUCAGAAAAUAUAACACUUUUGUCAAAAACGACCUUCCACUUUGAUAUUCACAUUAUUGAUUCCUUUACACAAAUGUGUGAUGUCAAUAAUCCAGCUAAGAUUUAUAAUGAUUGUAAAAACACCGAUAAUCAAUUGAACCAUUUCAAAAUGAUGAUUCAAUCUGAACCCCUUCAUAUAGAGACCUUACUUUUACAGCUGACAGAUUCUCCUCCCAUCACCUUGGAUUAUUCGUUAGAAUAUUUAACAUCGGAUAUUAGCCUUUGCAAAUUAACAUCACAUUGUUCUACUUUUUUAUCAACCCGUAUGUUUUUUUUUUCAAUUGUAAAAAAAAAAUAUUUUUCUUUCAGAUCCUUUAGAAAUGUGCGCUAGUUCAUCACUUGCGUUCUUUUCUUGUUUUUUUUAUAUAAAAGGAAUUGCAAAAGCAAACGACAAAAGUGCUGUUUCAUUUUAUUCAAAUUUAUAUCAAUGGUUUAUUACUACUAAGACAAUACUUGUUGGUCACUAUCCUUUAGUUUUGGAAGUUUCUUCAAGUGAUCAUGAACGGGUUGUCAAAUUAUGUUUUAAAUGUGAUUUUGACAAAAUGCAAGUAUUUGAAAAGAUACCUGUAUCUUUUUUUACUGAAUUAUGGGAUUUCCAACUAGUAGUAGACGCGGACAUUCAAGUUAAGCCAUUAUGGUAUGACAUUGAUACCUGUAGCACGAGUCAUCCGCCGUUUUUGUUUCCUACAUGUAAAAAUGAGAAAUUAUUUUUUGAGAAUCUGGAUGAAACAUCUCCGAAAUGCUUUGCUGCAUUAAAAGCAGUGCGCCGAGUCGUCUGCUACUUUCCUAUAACUUUUGAAUUUUUACAAGAAUGUUUCCAACAGAUUGGUCAACCUGAAAAUGAAUCUUUUGUAAAUCAUUCUUUAGAUACGAUUCUUCAUACCAUCACUCUUUACAUUCAUUCUUUCAUUCGAAAAUGUCAAAACCUCAAGUAUCCUAACACCUACCUUGAUCCACUUGAUCUUGUGGACGACAUUAUUUUUUCUCGCAUCACAAAAUUUUUGGUCGAAAAUGUGAACGAAACAAACGCCCUAUUCAGUUUACCUCUCUUUGGAUCGGUUCUCAUUAUAACGAAAUGUGCUGAGUCGUCACGUAUUCUUUUAGAGAAUUCUUUUUCCAAGCAUACAAAUCUUAGCACUAGCGCAGCCAUGCAGUUGAAGAAAUCGUCCUUUUCAGCAUGUGACACUUUUUUAAACAAGACUAACACUCUGUACUUUUUACCAGUUCCUUUUCAUGAAACAGAGCGCUUUUUAAUUAAUAUGAAGACACCUCACAACAAUUAUUGUUUCAAUAAAGAAAAAAUGCUUCAGGAUGAAUUGGAAAAAAAACCUUUUAAACUUCAAAAUACAUGCGAAGAAGAAGACGACCAUGUACAAGAAUCGCUUAAAUUUUUGGUAGACGAAUUUGGAUCCUUGACGACCUAUGUUUUGAAACAAUUUCCUGUUUUAACAACUCAAAGACUCGAUCUCGAUUUAGUUCAUCCUUCUUUUUUCAAAGUAGUCCAUCUAAUAACUCCUUAUUUAAAUGACUUUCUUGAGGAAAGGGACUUAAUUAGAACGCAAUUUAGUAUGUCGGAUGAAACAUCUCUUGUUCUAGGACUCGCUUUUAACGACAGACAAAAAAGAUUUAGUGAUACAAAGGAAGUCGUUAUAAACACCUUUACUAAGCUUUUAAAAAAAGUGAAAAUUUCAAUUGCACGUUUGCUCUUACUCAAAACCGAAGAGGAGCGAAUCAUGAUUGCGUCAGCAGCAUACGUGAUCAACCAUCAACGAUGUUUGGAUUCCUUCGCAAAUACGUCCUUUUCCGAUUCUCUCUUAACAGACACCGCAAUCUGUGACGAAGGAAUCAAACCAGUUGAAACCUCUUCACUUUCCUACAGCCACUCUUUCUGUUGGCUUUUUUUCACUCUUCACCUCAUUUCCCUCAAAUAUAGAACAAAAAUGUGACUUUAUGUACAUCGUGCCUACCCGUUCCAGAGUUUCAAUUAGAGAAUAUCUUGUUUAGUAUACACAGUAAAUUUAUAAUUUUUAAUUAAGCAUAUUUAUUUCAAUUGAUUCCUUGUUCACCAAAAAUUUCGUUACCGUUCUUUUUUUUGUCACGACGCUUCAAACACGUAAUGUUCAGCGCAACGAGUUCACGUUUCUACUCACAACUCGAUCAAAAUUUGUAUUAAAACGUUUUAUACGGCAAAAGAAAAAAACUUUCCACUUGACGUGUAGUCUUCAAAAAUCUAUGACCUUUUUUAGUGAACAACUAGAA